AUGCCUCGCUCGCCGUCUGCUUCUCGUUCGCCACCUUCUCGCUCCCGCGGGAGAAGCUUCUCGGACGACGAAGGACCGCCCUCGAAGCGUAAGAGGUCUCUGUCCGCCUCUCCUCGCGGGCGUUCUCCAUCCCCUCCUUCACGCCGUCGCCGGUCGCGCUCGCCCGAAUCGCGACCAGAUGAGACGAAGAACGGCAACGGGGCGGUGACAACGGUCGACGAUGCUGCGCGCGCAGAGUUCGCCAAGCUCCUCGGUUCGCGUUCCGGGGGGGCGUACAUUCCACCCGCCCGCCUGCGCGCGAUGCAGGCGGAAGCGGCAAAGGACAAGACGAGUCCCGAGUAUCAGCGCCUGAGCUGGGACGCAUUGCGCAAGUCGAUUAACGGUAUGAUCAACAAGGUCAACGUCACCAACAUCAAGCAUGUCAUCCCCGAGCUGUUUGGCGAGAACCUGAUUCGCGGUCGCGGGCUAUUUGCGCAGUCGAUUAUGCGGGCCCAGGCCGCCUCGCUCCCAUUCACCCCUAUCUUCGCGUCGCUCGUCGCAAUUGUCAACACCAAGCUGCCCACCGUCGGCGAGCUGGUACUCACUCGCCUCAUCUCACAGUUCCGUCGGGCGUACAAGCGUAACGACAAGUCGGUGUGCACCGCAACAUCGACAUUCAUCGCCCACCUCGUGAACCAGUAUGUUGCGCACGAGAUUGUCGCCCUCCAGAUCCUCCUUCUCUGUCUAGAGCGCCCAACCGACGACUCAAUCGAGGUCGCCGUCGCGUUUACCCGCGAAGUCGGUCUCUUCCUCGCUGAGCACGCUCCCAAGGCCAACACAAUGGUAUUCGAGCGCUUCCGCGCUGUUCUUCACGACGGCAAGGUGUCGAAGCGUUGCCAGUACAUGAUUGAGGUGUUGUUCCAGGUGCGCAAGGACAAGUACAAGGACAACCCGAUGAUCCCCGAAGGUCUGGAUCUUGUGGAGGAGGAAGAGCAGAUCACGCACAAGCUCAAGCUGGAAGACGAGUUGCAGGUGCUGCAGGGCCUCAACCUGUUCAAGCCAGACCCAAACUUCCUCGAGAAUGAGGCGCGGUACGACGAGAUCAAGAAGGAGAUCAUCGGCGACUCAGACGAUGAGUCGGGCACGAGUGGAGACGACGAGUACUCUGACGACGACGAUGACGACGACGUGGCUCCAGACAAGGAGGGUAUUCAGGACAUGACUGAGCAGAACCUCAUCAACCUGAGGAGGACGAUCUUCCUGACGAUUAUGAACUCGCUCAACUUUGAGGAAGCGGUCCACAAGCUCCUCAAGGUCAACAUUCCCGAGGGCCGCGAGAUGGAGCUCGUCAACAUGAUUGUCGAAUGUUGCUCGCAAGAGCGUUCGUACUCGAACUUCUUCGGUCUGAUCGCCGAGCGCUUCUGCAAGCUGAACCGUCAGUGGACGGACCUCUUCCAGGAGGCGUUUACCAAGUACUAUGACACGAUCCAUCGGUACGAGACGAACAAGCUGCGUAAUAUCGGGCGCCUCUUUGGACACCUACUCGCGUCGGACGGUAUCUCGUGGGCCGUCCUGCACACGGUGCACAUGAACGAAGAGGAGACGACGUCAUCCUCGCGUAUCUUCAUCAAGUUCGUGUUCAACGAGAUGAAGGAGGAGAUGGGGUUGAAGAAGCUUGUCGAACGUCUCAAAAUCCCGGACCUGCAGCCAGCUUUCGCCGGCAUCUUCCCUACGGACAACCCGCGGAACACGCGUUUUGCCAUCAACUUCUGGACAAUGAUUGGUCUCGGCGCGGCCACCGACGACAUGCGCACCUGGCUCGAGACGGCACCGGAGCGCCUCGCCGCUCAGGCGCAUGACAGCUCGGACUCUGACUCGUCGUCGGACUUGUCGAGCUCGUCGUUGUCGAGUUCGGACUAUUCGUCCGACGACUCGCGUUACUCGCGUCGCCGGCGUCGCCGCUACUCGUCCGAGUCGGACUCGCGUUCCCCACCUCCCCGCCGGCGCCGAGAGUCAGACUCGCGUUCCCCGCCAGCCCGCCGUCGUCGUGGCUCGUCCAAGUCUGACUCGCGCUCUCCGCCGCCGCGCAGGCGCUACUCGGACUCGCUUUCUCCACCACGCCGCGGACGAGACUCACGCUCUCCUCCACCUCGCCGUCGUGCCGACUCGAGAUCCCCGUCGCCUCCACCUCGCCGUCGUGCCGACUCGAGAUCCCCGUCGCCUCCACCUCGCCGCCGCGAUUCUCGUGACGAUUCCCCGCCCCGCCGCCGUGCUGUCUCGCGCUCGCCGCCUCCUCGUCGCGAUUCCCGUGACACCCCGCCCCGUCGCAAGUAG